UACGUAAAAAGAACUAAGAAAGAAAAAAGUUGUAAUGCACAGAAACUUGCAAAGGACCAAGAUGCCUAUAUAAAGUAGGGUUCUCUUCUUUAAUCUCUCAUUCUCCAGUUCCAUACUCUUCUUCUUCUUCUUCUUCUUCUUCUUCUUCUUCCAGCUCUCAUUAUUCUACAUUUCCAUACUCAGCUUAUUGUUCAUUUCUCAAUGGCUCAGCAUACUUUCAUUUUAUGUCUUUUAAGUUUGUUGUUGUUUGUGAAUGGCUAUCCAUUCGACUUCUUCCAACUAGUCGAACAAUGGGGUCCAAACACAUGUAACGACGGCACCCAGUGUCAUGCUCAACCUCAACCCGAAUUCACUAUUCAUGGGCUGUGGCCGAGUAACUUUUCAAAUGCCCGACUUUUUUGUGCAACUAGAAAACUAUUUGACUAUGGCCAGAUUAGCUUACUUCAAGGAGACCUAGUUCAAUACUGGCCGGAUGUAAUAAAUGGGAACAACCGCCGCUUCUGGAGUAAUGAAUGGAAGAAGCACGGGGCAUGUAUAGACCCACCUUUUAACAUAACUCAGUAUUUCGAACUUUCUUUGGAUCAUCAUCGAACGUAUGAUCUGUUGAAAAUCUUAAAUGGUGUUUGGCACCGCAACCGCCAAAUGCCCAAUAAUGGUCUCGCACCUAAAGACAUUCUAAACCCCAUUUUUAAUGCAAUAAACAAGACAGCAGGCAUCCGUUGCAACAAAAAUGGUAUAACUAAGAAGUUGCAAUUGCAUGAAAUUGUACUGUGUUUUGACAACAAUGGUACUACCCUCAUUGAUUGCCCUAAGUUUGUUAGCAACAGUUGUAAUCAACCUAAAUUUGUGUGGCUCCUCCCACAACAGAGUUCAGAUGGUGUUCCAGAUUAUGCAUGAUCAUUUGAUAUCCUCAUCGUUUGUUAUGCUUAGAAGACCUAUUAAUUACAGGAAGUUUAUGUUUUUCUCCUUAUUAAAUCAGAAUGUGUGUUCACUGUUGUCGCUUAAUGUUUAAGUAAGUUUGUGUGUUGGUUGUUGUCGUUAAGUAUGUGUUUAAAUGGAUCAGUUAUUGAUGUUUAAUUUAUGUGUGUUCAGCCUGUUGUCAUUAAGCAAUGUUUAAAUCAUUUUAAUUAUGUGUUCACUAUUGUUUAUUGCUAAAUCAGAAAAAUUCAUCACCAAUGUCCC